CUCGCCACAGCAAAUUAUGAGGUGUGUGAGGAGACAGGUGGUGUUGGUGCAGGUGGGUCUCUUGGCCUUGUUCGUGUUCUUGGCCCAACUUAUCCGGCCAGACCAGUCUUCCUUCGGGCCAUCUUCUUCAGGACCGAAGGAGCGAAGUGAAGAAUUGAGGAGAAGAGUGAAGGAGAUUUGUAGCGUCUUCAACGUGUCCUCAGAGAUCUCACCCCUCCAGUUACAACAUAUCUACGUCGACGACACCCGCAGGCUCCUCUACUGCAGCGCCCAGAAGGUGGCCAGCAGCGCGUGGAAGAAGGUGUGGCUGAGGUUAACUAAUCCAUCAUUUAAUGUGUCUGGCAUCAUGUCCAACAGACUCAACAUUCACCUCAAGACGCAGGAAUACAUGUUAAUUCAGCCCAAGUUCGAGGACGUGUGGCCGGACAUGCUGGCCUCGUACAGGAAGUUCCUCUUCAUCCGUCACCCAUUCCAUCGAGUCGUUUCAGCCUACCGGGACAAGAUGGAGGUGAUAACUGAAGUGGAAGACCUUGGAAUAUCUCACUUUAUGAAGAAGAAAAUAUCUGAGAAAUUUGGUAGUUCGUCAACAGAUCCUGAAGGAGUCGUCAAGUUCGAGGAAUUUGUAAGAUUCAUCAGCCAUCAGGAAGAAUACGAGGAUAUUCCCUGGGAUGGCCACUGGCUUCCUGUCCACCAGAUAUGCAACCCGUGUGGCAUCCAGUAUGACUUCAUCGGCAAGUUUGAGCAGCUGGACCAAGACUCGAGUUAUAUCUUUAAGUGGCUGGAGGUGGAGGAGGAGAUGGGUCAGUUCCCCGUCCCUAUGAAGACCACAGCCGCCUCCAGCCUCGCCUCCACCUACCUGCACAAACUCAAUUCCACCCUCAGGAGGGCCUUCGUCAGCCGCUAUAUACUCGACUACCUCAGUUUUAACUACGACUUUGUAUGAGGACGACCAGUACUGAGGCUGACGGCGGUGCUGAAGCAUCACCGUUUAACCAUAAGACAGAUACAAGGUACUGGUGACCUGUAAUCAUAAUUUAUUGCAACCAGUUACACGUAUUUAAAUAAUCGUAAUCGA